AUGGUCGCAAAACGCCUCCUCCUCCCUCUCAUCCUCACCGUCGUGGGCGCUGUGCCCAUGAUGAACUCGCCCUCACCACAGGUCGGGUGUGCCUCCUCAGACACUGUGACUGUCUCUACAACAGUUACAAAGACUACCAUGGCCACCAGAACAACGCAGAGAGGCGGAAAUGCCUCAAAUCCGCCAACAGUCCCUUCUAACCCGUACACAGUAUCCUCGAAGGCGCCAAGUCCGGCAUCUUCAUCUCUAGCUCCAAAUGCUGGCUGGACAGUUCCGUCUCCAAGCAGCGGAGGGGGGACACCUCCAGCGUCUGGCUACAGAACUGUUUUGUACUUUACGAACUGGGGCAUAUACAAAGCCAACAACCAACCGGCAGACAUACCCGGUGAUAAAGUAACGCAUCUGCUUUACUCGUUUGCGGAUAUAAAACCAGACGGCUCGGUAAUCUCCUCCGAUCCGUUCGCAGACACCGAGAAAGCCUACCCCGGCGACUCGCAGGCCCAAGGCAACGCAAACGGCUGUGUCAAGCAAAUCUACGCCCUCAAGAAACAGCACCGCAACAUGAAGGCCGUCCUCUCCAUCGGCGGCUGGACCUGGUCGUCCAAGUUCGCCCCCGUAGCCGCCACCGCGGCGGGCCGCCAGCGCUUCGCCUCCACCGCCGUCAAGCUCAUGGCCGACUGGGGCUUCGACGGUCUCGACAUCGACUGGGAGUACCCCGAGUCCCAGCAAGAGGCCGCCGACUUCGUCGCCCUGCUCAAGGCCUGCCGCGAGGAGCUUGACCGGUACGCCGCGGCCAACGCCCCCGGCUACCACUUCGUCCUUACGGUCGCGUCCCCCGCGGGUCCUUCGCGCUAUCAGCAGAUGGAUCUCAAGGGUAUGGAUCCCUACGUCGACGCGUGGCACGUGAUGACAUACGACUUCUCCGGGUCGUGGGACAAGACGGCGGGCCACCAGGCGAACCUGUUCGCCCGGCCCGACGCGCCGCAGGUGACCAAGUUCAGCGCCGAGGCCGCGCUCAAGUACUACCUCACGCAGGGCAUCCGGGCGGACAAGAUCGUGCUUGGAAUGCCGCUGUACGGGCGCGCAUUCCGCAACACCGACGGCAUCGGACUGCCGUUCGAUGGCGUCGGCGAGGGGUCCAUCGAGCCAGGCGUGUGGCACUACAAGGAACUCCCGCGUCCCGGCGCCACGGAGAUCUUCGACAAGGCCGCCGUUGCGCUGUACAGCUACGACUCGAAAUCGCGAGAGCUGGUUUCGUACGAUAACGUGCAGAGCGCCAACGUCAAGACCGAUUACAUGAAGGGCCAGGGCCUGGGCGGCUUCAUAUUCUGGGAAGCUGCUGGCGACAAGAAGGGAGACGACAGUAUCGUCGGGGCCGUUGCGAAGCGUAUGGGAUCGCUCGACUCGACGCAGAAUUUGAAGUGUGAUAGGAGUCAUCCAUGCAGUAAUUGCGUGAAGCGUGAGGGCGCCGAUACGGCUUCAUGUUCCUACGCCACUCCUACUACACGCAAGAAGAACCAAAGUCAAGGCGCUUCAAGCCCGGAUGACAUGCAGAACCGUAUUGACCGCUUAGAAGGCCUAGUAUUGUCUUUGAUGCAUGGGGGCGCGAGUAUUGAUCCUGCCACCGCAGCAGCAGCAGCAGCAGCCGCGACUGGCACCUCCAACAGCAAAUCGACUACCGACAGCACACCCGCCUCCGCGAAGAUCGAUCACGACGAAGAAGAAAUGCGAGACGACGACGACGGCGACGACAGUGAUCCGGAUGGCGAACUGGCGACAUCUUUGGGCGUGUUGAAGGUCGACUCGGAUAAGGGCAAGUCCAUGUACAUUGGGCAAGAACACUGGCAUACGAUUCUGGCGGAUAUCUCGGAAGUGAAGUCCUACUUCGUCACGCACAAGAAGGAAUUCGAAAAGAGCUACGAGAAGGUUAUGAUGUCAAAACCGGCGAGCGCCAGAGAAGGACCGACAUUUUUACUGGGGGCUGCGCCAGCUUCCGAGAUUGAGUUACGGGCAGAGCUACCGCCAAAAUCGGCCGUGCUCACUCUUUGUUCGCGAUACUUCAACUCCAUGGAUAACGCGGUCAACAUCAUUCACUCGCCAACGUUCCAGCAGCAACUCAGAGCGCAUUGGCAAGAUCCGUCCAAAACACCCAUCAUGUGGCUGGGCCUUCUCUACUCGAUCCUGUGUUUGGCCAUGCUCAGCUACCACAAGGUCGGAGACGAGCCUCCAGAGUGGAAAGGGAGAACUCUAGAUCUAGCGUCCGAAUACCGCCUGCGCACGGUGCAGUGCUUGAUCGCGGCCGAUUAUACGAAACCGGUCGAAUACACCGUAGAGACAAUGCUCCUCUACGUCUUUGGGGAAUACUCAGCACGGUGGGACGCCGAUCUGGGGAUCUGGCUGAUCGUGUCGUUGCUCACGAGAGUUGCUUUCCGGAUGGGGUACCACCGCGAUGCAAAGUGGUUCCCCUCAUUGACACCAUUUCAAGCUGAAAUGAGGCGGCGAACGUGGGCGCUGGUGAGAAUGGCCGAUACGGUCUUCUCACAUCAAGUAUCACUGCCGUCAAUGAUUUACGGGCACGACUGUGAUACUCAACUGCCCAACAAUAUCUUCGACGAAGAGUUUGGGCCCGAUACGAAGAUUUUGCCGCCGUCACGGCCGAAGACAGAGCCCACUCCGAUCGCGUACAUGAUCGCCAAGUCGAAGCUCUGCAUAGAGAUGGGUGACAUUCUGCAGGCCACCAACCGGGUGGGUAGACAGGUGCCGUAUGACGAGAUUCUGCGUUUUGACGCCCGGCUCCGCGAGAUCAACCAAGAACUGCCGCCGCAUCUCAAGGUCGCAUCUUUGGAAAACUCACAUGAUCCGGUAACGCUCAUCAUUGCGAGGUUCAACAUCAACAUCCUCUACCUGAAGAUCAUCUGCCUCCUGCAUAAGAAGUAUGUUCCUCGGGCUAGACAGAAUCCGCGGUACGCCUACUCUCGUAGAACCGCUGUGGAGGCCGCUUUGGAAACAUUGCGGCACCUGGUGACUCUAGACCGGGAGUCCAGGGCUAACGGCAGGCUUCGGUCUCUGCGGUGGUUUGUCAACUCGAUUGCCACCAAGGAUUUUCUUCUGUCUGCAAUGUUGGUUGCUCUUGACCUGCACUUUGAUCGCGUGGCGGAAACGAGCAACGAGCGGAGGUCUUCAGAGUCAGCAAUGUUCUGGACGCCGGAACAGAGGGUUGAAAUGCUCAGCAAUCUUGAGACAACCAAAGAAAUUUGGAAGGGCCUUUCCGACACUUCCAUUGAGGCCUACAAGGCCACAAAGGUUCUUGACAUCAUGCUGGAGAAGAUCAAGAGCCCCAGCCCCGGAGGUCCUGACACUUUCAAGAGUGAGCAGUUUUCGAGUUUCGACAGCAGUCCCGAGAUGCAGACUGAGCACAAUGCUGCUAUGACGCUCGGCAUGCUAUCCGGAGGCAUGACGCCUAACACGGCAGCUGCUAUAGAGAGCAGCAUGCAGGGCCAGAGCACGUUUGGCGGAAUGGACUUUGGUGUAUCACUGCCAAUGUCGGGUACAGGAAUGACGCCAAACUAUGGCGGAGUCGACUUCGGCAUGAAUGGCGUGGGAUCUCCGCUCUCAAUGUUCACAAAUCUUGAAGCUGGAGGAGAUUUCCCCGCCAACUUUGACUGGAACGCCUUCGAGUCGAUCACGCAGAACGCAAAUUGGGGAGGUGAUGUUGGCUUUCAGCAAAUUUACCCGGGACAGUCAUCUCCCGAAACGGACGGCUCCGGCAUGCCGUACGGCAACGGCGCUGGAAACACCAAUAUGGCCGGUUGA